ACAUGUUGAAAUCCAUAUAUUUAUUACUCUUUUACUUGUUAGUUAGGAGAUCUAUGGGCUUCACGCAAUUUAACAACACGACAAUGGCCGAAAUGUCUGUAUAUGAUAUUUUUUAUUGGCUCGUACCUAUCUCAAACUUGCCAUGUCUUUGGUUUUAAAAAUGGCGUAUACAAGCUUUUUGUUUGCCGGUUUACAUUAUUGAAUGAAAAGUUACAGUGACUCUCAGUGAAAUCCGACGACAGUCAAACGAGAAUAUGAGAAUUAAGUACAUGUGUAAAUAUAAUAAUGUACACCAUGGACCCGUGAACAUUUCAUAGCGUUGUGUUGAAUUAGAAUGGUGCCUUUGGAUUGUCAAGCUCUCACGUCGUCAGGUUACCCGUAUGUAACAUAAAUAUCAACUUGCGGAACUUUUGUAUUUCAGAUAUGACAGCAUCGCAAAACUCCAGAUAAUGGAGAGUUCGGAAGACGAUGCGGGCACCGCAACAAACGCUUCCCGCCCCGAAACGGCGCGGGAAAGUAAUAUCGGAGAGCUGGAAAACGUUAGUGAUACUAGAACACAACAAGAAAACACGACUCAAGAGAGAUCUAUUUCUGAUACCCACACAAUGUCGGAGAACUAUUUUGAUGGCGAAAGCGUAUCCUCGUCGCCCGAACAGAUUGCCAAUUCAAGUACAGAGGCGGUAUUAGACAUGAUUGAUGAGUUCGUUGAUGGGCCUGGUGCAACUAAACGAAUACCAUUAUCAGUUUAUACCGACUCGACAGCUAAGAGCCCUAGCUUAGACACACUGGAUGUAGAUUGUUCCUCUCAGUCUAUGUCAUCAGAGAGGGUAUAUGUUGACACAUCCAAGCAUGAUUCAAGUCCGACUAACUCGGAGUGCUCCAAGGAGCCUGAGUGCCAAGUGGAAUGUAAAGAAAGCACAAAAUCUGAAUCGGUAGCUGUUCCAUGUGUUUCAAAUGAGUUAGUAGAGGAACAUGCAAUCCCGUGCACAAGUAAUAGUAAUAAUGGUGCACAAAACAAUGACCAAGUGCAGCUUUCUCAGUUGAAAGAAGAAAUUUUAAAUAAAUAUGAGGAUACACUGGCAGAAGUGCUUCAUCCGGUGUUCCAAAGUAGUGAAAAUGAUACAGUCCCAAGUAGUGAUCAGGUGACAAAUAGUCCUAAAAAUAGUGAAAAUGAGUCUGAGCCCCAAGUGUCUGAAGUUGAAAGAGCACUUAGUGAACAUGUAGUUAAGUGUGUGACUUCUAGUGAUAGUAAAGAGGUUGUUGUUGAAAGUGCCGAGUCAACUUCAAGUGACAAUCAUUUUGUAAGUGAAGUUCGACUUCCUGUAGAAACACCUACACAAACUCCCUUACUUAACCAUCUUGAACAUCUAGAAUACAGGCCAAGGCCUGAUUCAACUGUAUCCUCUACAGUUGACUCCAUGUUAAGUAGUGCCCCUGAACUGUCAAGUGAAUGUGCUACUAAAGAUGUGUCUAGUUCGUCAGAUGCUGUGUCCACUGUAAAUGAUAGUGUUAAGUUAGAAGAAGUAAGAAGUAUGAGUGAAAUAAGUAUCUGCAAAGCAGAAACUACACAUACACCUAAAAAAAUUAAGCUUAUUAGGCACAGACCUACUCCUGUAGUGAACCACACAGAAACUGUUGAUAAACCACCCUUAUUAUCUAUUAAUGAACAAUGUCAAUCUACAUCAUCUGACAUUCCACAUAUAAAUAAGAGCAUUAAUGAAGUAAUCCCACCUGAAACAUGUAGUUAUAUUGCCUCUAAAAUAACACAAGGUGUUCGAUCAUUACUACAAAGGGUUGAGAAUGAAUGUAGUACUAGUGAACAGUUAAAAAAAGAUUCAAACAGUUGUGAGGAGAAGAAAGUAGAAGUAGAAUGUCAAGACAGUGAAAAUAUAACUCUUCUAUCUUAUCUCCCUAUUUUUAAUUCAGUUGACUCUUCAUUAAAUAGCACAGUGCAUAAUAGCCCUAGUAAUUCUUGCGAUAUCAUAAAGGAAUCUAAUAUCUGUGAAUCAAACAAUUCAAAUACAGUCAAUGAAUCUACGAUGAUUGGUUCAAGUGACUCAAAUAAUGUGUUGGCUGAAGUAAUUGUAUUUCCUACUAUCUCUAAAAGUGUUUUAGAUGAGUCAAGUGUCAAGAGUUGCAGCAAUUUGGCUGAACCUAUAGACAGUUUUGGUGGGAAUUUACAUGAUUCAACUAGUACUUCAGAUGUCAGCUGUUCCAGUGUUGUUAGACCAUCACCAUCUAGCAGUACAAGUUUGAGUAAAGAAAUAUUCAAGGAACCAACAGCUAGCAUCCUCACCCAUUCUAAUGAUACUGAAACAGAGCCUGUUGUGAGUAGUCCAAAUAAGUGUUCAGAAACAGGAAAUAAGGAACAUUUACAAGAUAAAACAGAAUCAUCUACAAAAGAGUUACAGAAAACUGUGCCUAAAUUAACAAUCAAAGUUGGAAAUAAGCAAAAUGAGGAAUCCAAAUGUUCAAUACCAAAAGUAACAAUCAAACCAUUGAAACCACCACACACUGAUGAAGUUAAAACAAUUCCCAAAAAUGAUAAUGAUACAAUUCAAUCUGCAACAAAAAUAAGUUGUAAAUCAUUACAGAAGCCAGCCGAAAAAAUUCACAUAUUACAUCGUAAAUCUAGUAGCAGUGAAGUCUCCGAGUCUGAAUAUUCAGAAAAUGAUGAAAGUACUUCUGAUCAAAAAUCUAUGUCAGACGAAGGACCACAAGACUCUGUUCCAAAAGUAACAAUUAAACUUGGCAAACCUGGCACAAAUACAGAAGGGAAGUUUUAUACUGAGUCUAACAUUCCGAAACUGACAAUAAAGGGAAUUCAAAACAGUACUGAAGAGGGAAGAGAAUCUCCAUCUCAAUUAAAAGUUGUGAUUUGUCAAUCUGAAGAGACACAAAUAGAAAAAGUGCCAAAGCUAACAAUUAAAACUUAUACAAUAACUGACAGUCAACCACAAAGCCCCAAGCUCACUAUUAAACCAUUAAAACCGCCUGAUCCAGGAGAUUGUGAACCUAUACCAGAAAAUGUGGAUAGUAUUCAAAAGUUAAAAAUCCAGACAGAGAGCUCAAGUGUUGAACAACAAGAUGUUACUUCCCAUGUGCCAAAAAUAACAAUAAAAAUUGCAAAACCUGAUUGUGAAAUAUCUCAUAAAUCACCAAAAAAAUCCAGUUAUUCAGAUAAUUCUGAAAACAUACCUUUUGUGACUAAAAUUAAUAUAAAACCCAUUAUUGAGCCUGUUGAUAACUUAGAAGUUACUCAUAAAGGUGAUGAAAAGAUCCCUGUAGUUCCUAAAGUUACUAUAAAGCCAGUUGUAAAACCCAAUGAACCUGAAUGUAACAAAGAAGAUGCACACAACAUUCAGAAAAUAAAUCCUAAAUUUAUAAGAAGUCCUGAAAGUGAUUCAUCAGAUGAAAAAGAUAGUGAUGAUUCUAAAAUUAAUUCUAUCAAACCAAGUGAUGAUGAAGAAACUUCAAAGGAAUCUGAAAACCAUUCAUCAGAAACUGGAAACUCUAGUGAUGAGAAUAACUAUUCCUUACCAGUUGUGACAAAAAUGAAUACUAAGGAAGAGAACAUUCCUUACAUAAAAAAACUAAAUAUUAAACCUUUAGUAAAACCUGAUAGUUCUGCUCCCUUGUCACCAAAAAAAGAUCGCACGAGUAGUCCUGACACAAAAUCACAACAUAAUAUACCUUUUGUUACAAGAUUAAAUAUCAAGCCGAUAGUGAAUCCUGAAGAUGAAGAAGUGGAAUCUGAAGAUCUGAAAGAUCUCUCAGUUAAACAUCCACCAUUGUUGAUGAAAAUAAAUAGAAAAACUGUGUCAGACUCAGGAUUUGACUCUCAGUAUUCUAUUCAUAACAGUGAUAAUGAGCCCUGUAACAGUAUUAGUGAAAACUUACCUACUAAGGAAAUGAUACCUAGUUCUACAUUAACCAUUGAUACACCCUGUACAAAAAUAAGUGAUAGUAAAAAAAACUGUAUAGACUAUGAAAAAAAUCUCAUUGAAUCUAAUUCUCAUGAAGAAUCGCAAACACAUUCUCCUGUUUCCAAGGAAGUUAAUAGCAACAAUUCUUUAAAUACAGAUAAUAAACCUUCUUCAGAAAAAUAUUCUAAUAAUAGCUUAAGUAGUAAUUUAAGUACUGUACCCAUACCUAAGGUUGAUUGCAAGCCCGAAGAGAACUGUAUAGAUAAAAGUGAUAAGCAGAAAAAGUAUUCAUCUAGUGAAACUGUAAGUGUUAAUAAAGACCAAUCAACAAAGUCACACAUAGAAAUCAUUAAACAAUCACCAAAAGAAAUCUCAAAACAUUUACCUAAUUCAAAUAGCACAUUGCUGAAACAACUUUUAGAAAAUCGAGAUGAAUGUAGUGAAAAAAUUGAUGAUAAAAUCAUUUUGACAAAUUGUAUAGAGUCAAAUGUGAAAAAUCUAACUGAUGACAAUGUUCAAAACUUCAGUAAAAAAUUACAAGAAGAAAAUAUUAAUAUACAAGACACUACCCAAAAUACUGCAAACAGUAGUUCACCUGGAAUUUUAAACAUUCAUAAUACACAACAUUUAUAUGAAAAAGUCAAUGACAAUAUUACAAAACCCUUAGAAAUUAAUAUAUCAGAUAAAAUAAAUCAGAGUUGUGACCAAGAUUCACCACGAAUUAUAAUAAAAAUUAAUAAGACUGAUCAUGGGGCAUCUGCGAAGAUCAUUACAGAAGACUCACCUAAACCAGAGAAUAAAACAUUGUCUCCAGUGGAAAGUAGAAGAAAGCAAAUUUUUAACAGUAAAAAGAAAUCAUCAGCAUCUUCUCCAGAGAUUGUAGUAGGAAAACGAUUGAGAAGUUCAAGAAUUGUACAAAGUCCAGAAAAGCGAAACAUGGGAAGAUCACCUUCUCCAGAUGGAUCCCAUAGUCAUCUUCCUAAAAAUGAGUGUGAAAAUGAAUUCUCUAUGCAACAUGUCAAGAGACUAAAGUUAGGGCAACUAUUAUCACAAAAAUCUUUAACUAUUCAUCCUGUCGUAAAGUCUUCAACUCAAAACUCACCACCUAACUCUAUGGAAAAUAAACAAAAUGCAAAGAUCAUUAAUCAUCCACUCUUAAAUAAUGAGAAUUGUUCUAAAAAUGGCAGUUCAAAACUUCACAAUAUCUUGUCUAACUUACAAAGUACACAGUUGAAAGUUGUCGCACUGAAUGAUUUGCAUCAAUCUGAUAAGAAGAUGAGAUUGGGUCCAGAAAUAAAAACUGAUGUAUCAUUGGACGAGGCCACAGUUGAAAUUAGUUCACUAGACCAUAGCAGUAGUAAUAUCAGUGACACAGUUUUUCAAGAAAAUAUUGAGAGUCAAGAUUUCAAUUUAUCUGCUGACCCAACUGCGCAAGAUCCUUUAGAGGUAGAUUUUAAAACAGUUGUAAGUGAGAAAGUUGUUUCUGAAAGUGAAAAGGUCUCAACACUUAUUCCAAUGACACCACAGCCAAAGAAAAGAGGGCGCCCAAGGAAAUUACCUGUUUCUGAGGGAUCAAAACCUCCUAUAGUCUUACCAACACCAGCACUUGAAGAGAGACCACAGAGAUCCCUUAGGUUGUCAAGAGAAAGGCCUAUCAUACUAGCGAAACCACGAGGAAGAGGACGUGGUCGAGGGCGUCGAAUUGACUCUGAAACGAAACCACACAAGGAACCUGAACCAGUUGUUGAAACAGCUCAUAAAUUCUUUAUUUCGGACCAAAACUCUGCUGACAUAGACCCAACCAGCUCGCGGAUAAAAUUGCCCCGACUGACCGAAGCACUAGAUAAAAUGCCUUCUGCGUGUUUGACGCCAUUGACUAGUAGAAGACGUAUGUCUUCGACAAGUGAAGUGAAUUAUUAUGAAAGUGAUCCAUCCGAGCUUAAAGCUGUUAUGGAGACAGGUCUCCCGAGAAUGGAGAAUCCAUUUGCAAAAUCUACAGAAGUACUUAGUGAGAUCAGAGGACGUGGAAGAGGCGGAAGAGGAUUCCGGGGAAGAGGGAGAGCUUCACCAAGAACGCCGCGUGGUCGGGGUCGCGGCAGAGGCGGUGGAAGGGGCGCUAUGUAUAUGAAGGAAACAAUGGGAAUUUAUGGUCGGGUAUGCGGCCCAGCUACAACAACUGUUGAACUCUUUGAAGAAGAAACAUGUAUGAUGGAUGAUAAUGCAACACCUUCAAAGCCAUCUCAUUUACUGGAUGAAGAUUCACAAAGUUCUGUUAAAAGUUCUACUAAUGAGAGUAGUAAAAUGAAAAAAUCUAAGUUUGAAGAUCUAUUUGAUAGUAGUAAAGUAUGGACAGCAUCUGAUGUCAAGGAAUACACGUGGCCGCCAUUCGAUAGACUCAAUACAGAUUAUCAGGUUAUGAUGAUACAGGAACAGGUUGCUAUGUUCUUGGGAGUGAAGGGUUUCAAACGACGAUACCCAGAACUGAAACGAAGAGCUAUUAUUGGAGAAGAAAAAGCCUUUCUGCUCAGUAAAGGAAUCGUUACAGAAGCUCUGUGCGAUUUAGGUAUAACAGCAGUAGAUGCAAGUGAAGUAUUGGAUAUCAUGCUCUCUGAUUACCCUCACAAAUAUGAAGAAUACAGGACAUAUCAGCGGGAAAGGCAACUAACUGAACCAGUACCGGAACCAGAAGAAAUAAAACAAGAAAAGAUUGAUAGAAUUGAAAUAAAAUCUGACUCUAGGCAGGGGGAUAGUAAACCGGAUCUGCCGAAAGUUGAUCCCGAGAAACUAAGACAGGAAAUGGCGGCUGCCGCCAUUGCAUCAGCGUCCGAGUGGAACGCGCGACUGAACGCUGCUCGUGGUCCUGCGUGCGUCGACCUCCAGUCAAUGACGAUCCAUCGCCGCCGGGCCCCUGCGCCUGCGCCGGUCGUGCGCGUGCGGCCGCCACACGGCCUGUACCCGCUGGCGUUGUUACCGGGCCAGUACCAGCACACCUACAGGGUCUACUCGCCCGAGGAGUUAAGGUACUUCCCGCUGAACACUGCGUUGUGUGCCCCCCCCGCGCCGUCGCUCUCGGCGUCAGUUCCAUGGCCCCCCCCUCCUGACUCCGACACCGAGUGCGGCUCUCGAGCCUCCCGCGCCUCCAGCGACACCGACGAUACACCGCGACAUCGCAAGAGAAAGAAGUUAACAAAGGUGAAGCGAAGUAGCGGUUGUGAGGGAGCGAGUGGGGGAGCCUUAGGGGUGGGGGCGGAGGAAGAGGAGAAAGUGGACACGUGCCGGGUGUGUAAGCUGCGGCUGGAGGCGAACCGGAAGGUCACGCAUGAACGGUUCCUGGUGUGCUGUAAUUGUAAUGCCAAACUUCACCCUUCGUGCGUGGACCUGAGUCCGGACACAAUCCGCAAGUGCCGCGAGUACGCGUGGCAAUGUGCCGACUGUAAGACGUGUGGGGUGUGUUCUCGCCCCGCCGACGACGACAAGAUGCUGUUCUGUGACCUGUGCGACCGCGGCUUCCACAUCUACUGUGUGGGCCUCAACGCGGUGCCCGAAGGUCGGUGGCACUGCGUGGAGUGCGCCGUGUGCAAGUCUUGCGGCGCGCGGUCGGCGAGCGGGCCCGAGGGAGCCCCGCGGGGCCCCGGGGCCCCACUCGGGUCGGUGACCACUCCGGGCAGCGGCGCGCAGUGGCACCACCACACCCGGCGGGGGCCCUCCGGACACAAGGUGUACUCGCACUCGCUGUGCACGCCCUGCGCCAGGGCGUACCGCAUCGGUCGCUACUGCCCGCUCUGCGAUCGCUCCUUCAUCGGGCCCAAGGGGACUAUGCAGCUCGUCAUAUGUAAACUCUGCGAUAGGCAACUACAUCAAGAGUGCGUCAGACGGACGGGUGCGCGGGUGCACGUGCUUGACUACACGUGCUCGGAGUGCCGGCGCGGCGGCAUCACGUCGCGGGCGGCGGCCGUGCGUCUGGCGCCGCGGACCAUCGCCACUCUGUUCAUGGCCAAGCGCCGCUUCAACAAGUACGCGCAUCGCCAGUACAUGCAGAAGUGUCUGCAGGCCCGCGACGCACCAGACGUGUCCGACGCGUCCGACGGUGACGACACCAUCCUGUGAGUGUCGCACCAACUCUGUACCAUAUAGUGUAGUGAUCUGAUUAAUGUUUAGUAGCCGUAUGUUGAGAGCGUCCCGACUCUAAAUGUAAAUAACACUUCAUGGGUAGCUGGGCAAUCAUACUAUUUUUAAUAUAGUUUUGUAAUCGCAGGACAGAUCGUGAUGAAGGAUCUUAGGGUACAAGAGAUUGAAUAGUUUGCUGUUAUUUUGUUAUGAUCAAUGUGAAAUGAAUAUGUGUGUAAUGUAAUAUAGAUAAUUGUAUUGUCUUCUCAAUUAUCAAACUGAAACUAUAUUGAUACGGAAAUAUGAUGUUGCAUUUUGUUUCAGUCACAGUCCAUUGGUAUUAUUUAUAAAUGCGAGACUACCGUCUGUAUUAGCAUUCUGUUCCGAAUGACAAGAUAGUUAUUCAUAGAGUACAUGUUAUUUUUUCAUAAGGUAUUUAUUUUAGUUAUACUCGACUAUGGAUACGACUGUAUACAACCUUAUAGCCGAUUUUUAUAUCAAGUUAAAUUAUUGAAAGAAAAAUCGAAAAUAAGUUUGACCUUACGGUUAAGCUACUGUGAUGUCUUAAUAUGGAUUUGUUUUCUUAUGUCUCAGUAAUAAUUUGUCCCACAUUACUCAUUUAAGUUAAGGACAUUCGGUAGGAAAUGUAUUCAUUUAUAAUUUUAAGUGUUUAUGUUUAUUUAGUUUAAAUUGUGUAGUAAAAUCUUCCUCACAUUGCUUAGUGACAAUUUUUAUUUACUCACUUUAGACCAAGUGCUGAUUAUGUCUUAUAUUAACGGCCGAAAAUAUAAACCUGAAUGUUAUUAAUGUAUAACUAUUAUAAAUAUAAAGACAAGAGACUAAGAAACAAUUGCCUGAUUUAUAAUAUUUGUUUAUGUCUAAGCAUUUUUCCGUAAUAUGUUAAAGAUAAAUAAUUUAUUAUACUAUAACCCGUAUAUGGCUUAUAAAUAAACCGAAACGCCUAAUUUGUGACAUUACUUUUCUUGAAAGCUUUUUCGAUGUAUUCAGCACUUGUUCCUAAACACAAAGUACAAACGUAGGCUACCUUAUAUCUCCUCGCCCGGAUAUUCGCCCUAUAAAUAUUAUAGUAUAGAUAAAAUUAUUUAUCAGAUUAUAUUAUUAUUUCGAAAAAGUAUUUAUAUAAUUAGUUAUAUCCAGGGCGAAGCUCAUAUUGACGAAUUCUAUACUCAAAAUUGUGUCACUGGCUGUUACAAUGUGCUGAAUGGUAAUAAUUCCGGUCAUUGACCCUUUACUAAGGCCUGUGUUACAAAGGAUUUGAGACAUGUUCUGGAGUUAGAGUGAAUGUCUCCGCCGAUUAUUCAGAUUUAUAUUUGUACUCAUAGAGACAUGAACCGACGUCAUGAGCGCAUGUGCACAUUGUAAUUGGCGGGUACAGGAGGUCAAUGACCGAUAUUCUUUCUACUUCGCGACAGCGCUUCAUACGUAAAAAUCUUUGAGUUGAGCGUUUCUCUGUACUUAUUUACCCAAAUCAGUACUUUUGAACACAGCUGUGUGCAAUUAUCCCUUUGUGUAUAAUACAUUAUUAUAGAUUAUUAGAUCGAUAAACAGUAAUUAUUUAAGUGUAAUGUAUCAUGUUUAGUUAUAGUUGGCUUUUCGUUAUUAUUAGUUAUAAUUUACGUAGCGACAGUUAAGAGUAAUGUCCACAAAUUAUUUGAUAAUCAUGUAUCGUUUAUAUUACGCGGGCCGGCAACUUGAGCCCGUGACUGUAUUGCUUUAUUGACACAGGUGAAUUAAGACUUACUUGUAAGAAAAAUAAUUAAAACUUUAUGUCUACUUAAUGCAAGUGUAAACGUUCUAGAAAUCUCGCACUGUUCGGUCAAUUUUGUAAAAAAAAUAAAGUUAAUUUAAUUUA